CCCCUGCCAACUUCCUGUUGUUUAGCCAGAAAUCUGCAAUCAGCCGAAUGAUACCAGAUGAUCAGCAGAGUCCAGACAUCAUCCUGCCUGUGCAUGGUCUAAGGAAUGUAAAGGCCAUUGAUUAUGAUCCUUUAGAAAAACUGAUUUAUUGGGUGGAUGGACGUCAGAAUAUUAUAAAAAGAGCCAAAGAUGAUGGCACUCAGCCUUUCACUGUCAUGAGUACUCCAAACCAAAGCCAGACCCCCGAGAAGCAGCCGCACGACCUCAGCAUCGAUAUAUACAGCCAUACCUUGUACUGGACCUGCGAGACCACCAAUUCGGUCAAUGUCCACAGGCUGAAUGGCGAGUCAAUUGGGAUGGUGCUGCGAGGGGACCAUGACAAGCCCAGAGCCAUCGUGGUGAAUGCAGAGCGAGGGUACAUGUACUUCACCAACAUGCAGGAGCGAGCUCCCAAGAUCGAGCGUGCAGCCCUGGAUGGCACAGAGAGAGAAGUGCUUUUUACAACUGGGUUGAUCCGACCGGUAGCGCUGGUGAUUGACAACAAACUUGGAAAGCUUUUCUGGGUGGACGCAGAUCUGAAGCGCAUCGAAAGCUGUGACUUGUCAGGUGCUAACCGCGUGACCCUGGAGGACUCCAACAUCCUUCAGCCGAUGGGACUCACUGUGCUGGGGAAUCACUUGUAUUGGAUUGAUCGUCAGCAGCAGAUGAUUGAGAGAGUGGAGAAGAUCAACGGGUACAAAAGGACUAGGAUUCAAGGCCGAAUUGCUCACCUAACAGGCAUUCAUGCUGUGGAAGAGCUUGACAUGGAGGAGUUCUCUGUGCAUCCAUGCUCCCAUGACAAUGGAGGGUGUUCACACAUCUGCAUUGCCAAAGGGGAUGGGACUCCAAGAUGUUCAUGCCCUGAGCACCUCGUGCUUCUGCAGAAUCUCUUAACCUGUGGAG